AUGCUUCGACUGAAGAUCGGCGCGCAUCCGCACGCUGGCGAGCCCGUCGUGGUAGAACUCCAUCGCGAAGAUGUCAGUGAGAAAUGGGGCCUCCAGUGGGACGAGGAAUCGUACAAGCAACGAAGACACCUGGCCCGUUUGGGUACCUCGAGGAAGGAGGAGGUGGAAAAUCUGUUCGAUAUUGUCGAAAUUCGGAGAGCACUCUUCUCCAAUUUGUUUAUAAUACAAAUCUCCAUCACUACCGCGCGCCACGAUAGAGGUCUUUCUAUUCACAGAGUCAACGACAGUACCUCUCGGAUGGAUAUGCGCCAGGAGCUGUCCCAACGAUUAAACGUGGAAAUGGCACUUUUACCACCACCUUCAGUGCAGAGCAGCUCAUCGGACCUGGAUUGGCUUAUAAAGGCUACUUAUAGUCCUCGUACCCGUAUUACUGAGAUAGCAUCGUCGAUGCCUCCUUGUCUGAUUGUUCAUAUUUGGAGGGACAAAUUCUUCACUGGCGUGAAAGAUACCACAUACGUGUCUUUCGAUCGGCACUUGCGCACUCUCGAGACGCCCGAUGGUCGGCAGAUCUACCACCUCACAGGAGUCGUGGAGCACUUGGGCUAUCGGCUCGAUAGCGGCCAUUAUGUGGCGUAUGUCGCUCGAGAUGCUCCUGAUGGCGAACAAUGGUACUUUUGUUCUGAUUCUGUGGUGGAGCCCAUAUCGUUUGAAGAGGUAGCGACGAAGCAUGCCUAUCUGCUAUUCUAUGUCCGAAUGGACUGA